UCGUAACAAAAGAAUUUUCUUUUGUAUCGAGCAGGGCUCCAAAACCAUUUCCAGAGAUGGAUUACCUUACUGUCCUCCUGACAAUCCUUCAUGCACACAAAGCUUUAUGUAGAGAGAUGUUUUGGGAUACAACUGUCAGACUUGCUGAGAAUAUGACUCUGGAGUGUGUGUACCCAUCAGCGGGCACCUUAACCCAGAUGGAGUGGUUCAAGAUCAACACCACGGAGAAGGAGUCCAUAGCGAUCUUCAACCCAACCCACGGCAUGGACAUUAGAGAAGGUUACACUGACAAGGUUUCCUUUUUAAAUGUAACUGGGACUCCCAAUGAUAUGACCUUGUUUUUUCACGAUGCCUCUGAAGCUGAUGUUGGCUUCUAUUCCUGCUCCCUUCACACCUUCCCUUAUGGACAUUGGGAGAAGAUAGUCCGGGUGGUUUCAUUCGAUGCUUUUGAGAUAGUGGAGUCACCAAGUCAGCCGGUGGUUUCGGCACCUGGAAAAAAUGUCACACUCACCUGUCAGCUGCCUGUGGAAUGGCCAGUAGAAAAAAUUACCUGGGAGAAGAUCCAGCCUCAUCAGAUCGACCUCCUAACCAGCUGUAACCUCUCCCAAGGGAGAAGUUGCGCUUCCAAGUACCACAGGAAGCUAUGGAGUUCCUGCAGCCCAGGGAUGCAGGAGAGCUCCCUCACCCUUCCCCAGGCCACAGAGUCUGACUCGGGACUUUACCGCUGUGACUUCAACGUCUUGGCAGUGGAAAAUGCAACCUGUGUGAUAAGAUUGACAGUAGCGUAUGGUAAAAAUGAUAGCCUGUACAUCCUCAUCGUGGCCGGAGGGACUGUUUUAUUGUUGAUGUUGAUUAUCAUAAUUACGUUAAUCACCACGUUUUCCUUUAACAGAAGACGACGACAAAACAGAAUUUUAUUUGAGAAGUCCUGGGAUACACAAAAUAAGGCAACCAAUAACUACCGAAGUCCCAUCUCAACCAAUCAACUGCUGGAUGGUGCGAAAGAGGAUGUUUAUGUCAACUUCCCAACCUUCUCUCGUAGACCGAAGACUAGAGUCUAAGCUUUCCCCGUGAUCUAGGCAAAAUAAUAAUGAUCAUGUUACAUGGAUCUUUAUAU